UGAGCGGCGUGCAAGGACAGAUGCCUUCGCGCUUCCGCAACCUCGUGGGCUCGAAACGGAAAGCGUCUGGAAACAGCCUGACCCAGAGCCCGAGCAUCAACUCGCUCUCGACACACAACAACAGCGCCGCCAACAACAACAACACCGCCAACCACUCCUCGUCGCUGGGACCCUCGUCGCCCGGGCCGAACUCGACCCAAUCGCCGCCGCAGCCCGCCAGCGAGCGCAACUCGACCGCCUCCAACCCCAACACGCUCGUCCAGCAGCAGCAGGCCACCGCCUCGACCACCUCGCUCGCCAUGAACCCGCACCAGCACCCUUCGCAGCAGCACGGCUCGCCUCAGCCGGGCCCGCAGCCCCUGGGCCGCCCGCCGUCGUACCAGUAUGUCAACCAGGCCGGUCAACAGCAGCAACAAUUGCAACAGCAACAGCAAAUGGCCGGCCGCCCGACGAGCCCCAUGCCUCCGCCGCCAAUCAACACCCAGAACCCGUACGGCCACCUCCCUCCCCACGCGCCGCAACACAUGUACGGCCAGCAACCCGUCUCGGGGCCUCCUGGCUACCCCAUGCAGGCACCGCCGCCGCAGCAACAGUAUGGAGGUUAUGUGCCUCAGCAGUCCAUGGUAGGCGGUCAAUAUUCCUAUAACAGAGGAUAUGCAUCUGAAGCCAAUAACCAGCGGAGCAAAGCCCAACUCAUUGUCGGCAUUGAUUUUAUUCCGACAGUGCUCUACUACGACCAGCACCAGCAAGUGGUAGGAUGGGGCGCCGACAUUGCCGACGCACUCGCGCCCACUGGCUACCCCAAGCCCGGUGUGCAAAAGGUCGAGUGGUUCAAGCUCCAGCUGAUGAUGAGCGGCAACACCUACAUUGAUCCCAUCAACUUGCCUCCACUUCCCCCAGGCAAGAGCGAGAUUGACGUCGCCGCCGACUACCUCUUCAAGCUGCGCCAGGCCAUGCGCAACUACCUCCAGAAGACGCUUGGUGAAGUCUUCACCCGUGAGGAGCGCAACAUUCGCUACUUCUUGACCGUGCCGGCCAUCUGGAACGACGCCGGUAAAGCAGCCACCCGUGCUGCCGCCAUCCAAGCUGGUUUCCUUCGCGACGAGAAUGACAACCGUCUGACUCUGGUCACCGAGCCCGAAGCCGCCGCCAUGUUCUGUUCCAAGACUGGUCUGCUCAACCUGAAGAUUCAAGAUGCUGUUUUGAUUGUGGAUUGCGGUGGUGGUACCNNAUACGAAGUCGAAGAAGAGCAUCCCUUUACCGUCGCCGAGUGCACUGCUGGAUCUGGUGACUCUUGUGGCUCAACAGCAUUGAACCGCAACUUCUCCAACAUUCUGAGGGCAAAGAUUCGUAAGAUGAAGCUUCCCGACGGUUCCAAGACGGCCGGUCGUGUCUACGCGAAGUGCAUCAUGGACUUUGAGAACAGGAUCAAGGCCGAUUUCCGCAACAAUGGUCAGAAGUGGGCUGUUGACGUUGGUAUCGAGGCCGAGUUCCCCGAGGCCGGUAUCGAAGAAGGAUACAUGACUUUUACCAACGAGGAGAUCUUGCAGUGCUUCGAGCCUGUCGUGAACCGCAUUCUCGAGCUUGUCCGCAACCAGAUCAUUGCCAUCCAGGCUCAGAACCGCCAUCUACAGAACGUCCUUGUCGUCGGUGGCUUCGGUUCGUCAGAAUACCUGUUCCAGCAGAUCAAGCUCCACGUCCCUCCCCAAUUCCAGUCCAAGGUUGUCCGACCUAUGGACUCGGUCGCCGCCAUCGUCAAGGGCGCCGUCACUGCUGGUAUCACCGAGCGUGUCGUCACAUCUCGUGUCGCUCGUAGACAUUACCUCAUGGCAACACUCCAACCCUUCAAAGAAGGCCACCAUCCCGAGCAGUACCGUGUGCCCAGUUUGGACGGCAAAGAUCGAUGCAAGUACACUCGUCAAAUCUUCGUGCAGAAGGGCCAGCGCGUCAAGACCGGCGAGCCGGUCAAGGUUUCAUUCUUCCGUCAAGUCGCUCCUGGCGCUACCCUCAUGUACGAGGAUGUCUUGUACGCCUGCGACGAGGACGUAUGCCCGGAAUAUACCAAGGAUCCUCUAGUCACUCUCACCUCCGACCUGAGCCGCAAGAACCUCGAGAAGGAUUUCGAACGCAUGGACACACCUCAAGGCACCUUCUACCGCGUCUACUUUGACAUUUACCUCACACUCGACGGCACAGAAUUCAACGCCGAACUCGUGUGUCAAGGCGAGGUCAUGGGGCGCUGCUCGGCCAGAUUCAGA